CUUCGGCAAAGUAUUGCUCAGUUUCUAAAAGUCGGACAUUUGUGAGCAUUUUUGUUAGAAGUUUGAUAUCGAUUUUUUGGAAGACCUUUCAGCGUCGCGCAAAUAUUUUCAAAGCACAAAUUUAUAGGUUUCAGGUUACGGCGAGUCUGAAACUUUGCUUUAAAACAAUUGCAAACUUUUUGGAAGGGGUUUUUGAAGCCUGGGUCUCUGGAAAUCCCCUAAAAAACCUUUGAAAAACCUUCCACGACUCACCGCUAACCGGAUUGGAAAGAUAAUUGAGAACAAUAUUGUUCAAUCUGUUGCUCAAGAGGUUAAUAACCGAUUAUGUUGUUUUUGAGAUCUUCAAGAAUAAUUUUUCUAAAUGUUGUAUAAUGUUAAUUAAAGUGACGGUAACCCACUCGGGUUACGAUUUAGAUAACAGCUUAUUAGUAGUGAGAUUAAAUAUCACAUUUUUGCCCAAUAUGAAUUGCUCAUACAAUAGUUUAAUACAACUUAUACAUGUACUGACGUACUCAGGAGUUUCAGAGGAGAGGGCAAAAAAAUUUCUUUUCGUUUUUUCAGCGAUUUUUAAGACAUUUUUUUCACUCUAAGUUUCUUUUUUUCUUUCCGUAGUUGGGAUUUGCCUUGAAAACUCAAGUAUGGACAAAACUCGAGAAUUUGAUGAAUUGUUAAAUUCAAUUGAUAGACUGAUCCAAAAAAAUGUUUCUUCAUUUGAAGUUUAUGAUUUGUGCGAUCGUGUUAAAAGUCGAAUUGAUAACCUAUUUGAAGGGAGAAAUGAUGAACUACACAAACGUUAUCGUCAUUCCUUUCACGUUAAAAGAUCGGCUUAUUCUCGUCAGGUUGGUAAUGACGAGGAUACAAUUGUUCAUGAAAAAUUAUCAAAAAUAUAUAAACCCGAACAAAGUAAGGAACGAAAUAUAACACCAGAAACGAUACGGUCUGAAAUCCCCUAUAAUGUGCUGGUUACAUGGGAAGACAUUAAAUCUUGUUUAAACCAACUUGUAUUAUUACUGAAAGUGAAUGAUCCAGAAAUCUUAAUUGAACGCAUCGAAAAGUUACAGACAGCUAUCAUUCGAUUAUUAGAAAAUAACAUCCGAUCGUUUGAACAAUACGAGAUAAUCCAUAUUAAUUGUUCGGACAUACAAAAGUUAUUACAUGUAGUCAUAGAAGAAAUGAGGAGAGCUGACUUGGACAUGGUAAGUGGAAGUGUAAAAAGUCCGUUAGAAGAGUUUGAAGUGUCUCUUACUGAACUAAUUCAGUGUAUUGAUGAUGGAUUAUUGGAUAGACGUGUUAAUUUUGUAAAUUAUAUUCUUUCUGAUAUUCCUACUCUUCAGGCUACAUGUUUCCCUGAUGCAGCUUCUCUUACAAAAGAGCGAAUCGAAUCGAUUCACAUACAAUGGAUAAAGUUUUUUCAUCCGGAUAAAAACAAAAGUUAUGAGCCCUUGUUUAACGAACUAACAAAAUAUCUUAACAGUGAACGAGAUUUGCUGUUAAAUAAUAUCACACAAGAAAUUGGCGAUUCCUAUACAGUUGAAUAUUAUUGUAACGAGGGUCUUACUCUGUGGGAGAAAGCAGUUGAUUACACACAUAUAUUAAACAACAGAAAAUCGAAUUUGAAACAUUUAACACCGGAAAUGUAUGAAAAUUUAACUGAA